AUGUCCUACCCCGAUCUAUCUACCAUCCUUGAAGUCUACCCCGAAUGUGAGCGCCACUGCUACGGGUACGCCCCAUCCAAACGGCGCCGCUGCACGCUGCCAGUAAGGAAAGACAAUCGAGACAGGGCCUCAUACCUUCUCAGAGAGGGCACCAGACUCCUCCAGCGCGGCCUAUCUGUCGACAGCCUGCUAUUCGAGCUAGCCCCGCUAGUCCUCUGCAAACGCUUCCACCAAAACCAGGCAGACAGCCUGGUCAGCGGCUGGCGGGCUAAGCUGCGGGCGUUCGAGGAGCAGAUUGUUCUAGCUGCUGUGUUGAAAUCGCUCCGGGAGUUAGCUGAGAGUCGGGCACGGUUGCUUGCUGCUGGGUCAGUGGGCGAGCAGCGUGUCUCGGAGAGGUCGGCUAUUGUUGAAAAUGAAGAAGAGGAGGAAGAAGGGGGAGACAGGGAGGACGAGCCUGAACCUGAACCUUCUCCCCGCCGGACAUCUGCAGAGUCUUCAUUGCCGGCCGUUGCAACUCAUGUGGCGGAGCCAACCGUGCCUCAGAGUGAGCCCAGAAGGACCACUCGGAAGCCAAUUGAAGGAGACUGCGACAUCUGCAUGUGUCCUCUACGAGGACAAGACAGUGAUGAAGACGGCGAGGGAUCAGAAGACAGCGAUGAGGAAAACGAUAAUGAUGCGGGAACAGGGUCCGACGCAGGGUCCGACAACGAGCACGAUGGCCCCGAAGAAGACGACCUUGACCUUGACGACAUUGUAUAUUGCAAAAAUCAGUGCGGUACGAAUUACCACAAAGCCUGCAUCGACGUGUGGCUUGCUACUCAGAGUACAUUUCGAACCCCACGUGGGAAUCCUAUCAGCCCGUCCUGCCCGAACUGUCGAGCAGCGUGGUCAUCCUGA